CAAUACAAGCCUGAUAGGCAUGGCAACAAUAACUUAUAUGCUUUGCCAGGUAACUUCAACUUAACUUGGGUAACUUAACGUUAACAUUAAGGCAAUGUCAUAAAAGACCUCACCCCCUUUAAGGUGGAAUGAAGACAUAUGGUAAUUGGAUAACGUGUUCACUCUUUUAGACUAUUAUCAGCUGUCAGGUUGUAUCAGCAGGACAGAAAUCUAAACCAUCUUUAGUCAAAAUCACCCAGAGACUGAACGCACCUCUGGUCUGUGCGUGGCUGCUGUUGUUGAAUGAAUAUGUUGUUGAUGUCUCUGGCGCCUCUAGCCGAAACAUUGCGCCACUCUGCAUUCAGUCUUUGUGGAUCCAGGUUGUCUGAAUGAAUGGAGGAGAGCCGAUGGUUGAUCACAGUGGGCGGCGAGACGAAACAGCGGAUAAUGUGUGUUAAACUUCAGCAGCGCGUUGUGUAAAGUUGAUAGAAGGACGUCCAUCCAUGGAUAUGCUGUUUUGAAGACCCUGAAAAGUGUUGGGGUUUUUUUUUGCCUCGUAACCCCAUUCCCGCAUCGAUCGAGCUUCACCAUACAGUCUAUGACCAGCAUACGUUUUCGUUGGCCGUCGAGGAGAUUUCUUUUUCGUAGCAGUGUGUGCAGCCAGCAACAGGUUAUUUACAGCUUAGCACGGCGACCAAGUUGCAGCUGCAACCCAGUGGUUAAUAGACCGGUGCUAACUUUUCCUUGUAUGAAACCGAGGGAUGCUUCUGUUUUUUUGACCACUCUUUUCCGUGCGUUCACCGUGAUGUGAGUUGCAGCUUUGUGCUCGCCACCGACCAGAUCUCAUAGGCUGAGCGAAUUGCGUUUUAGAGGAGGGCGACAGCAGACAUGGGUAUGAGAAUGACAUAGGGAAGCCUGCUUAUUAAACAUUGCUUUGUGAUUUGCAUUGAGCCUGCCACCAAGACAGGAAGACCUGUGAGGUGCUGGUGUUGCUGCAGGGUUGUUUUUUCCCCCCCCAAGAAGGAUUGCCUGCAUAGAUGGUGCCGAACAAGUGGACCAUGAAUUCAGUUCUGCACAAAUCGCCACCAAGGAGCUGGCUUGGUCUCAGAUUACGACUCAAUGACAAGCCCGUCCAGGAGGAGGACUGGGUGGUGUGCCAGCACCCGGAUUGUCCUGAGCGCCGGAGGGCCUCUAAGGUUUGCCACCACCCAGACUGCCAAGACUUGAAUAGCAAAAGCCCCCUUCACCUGUGUGAGUCAUGUGACUCACGCUGCCAUUCAGAGAACACAGACAACAUGCACUUUGACCGGCACCCCCGAUUUGACUUACAACCUCAAGCCUCCAUCCUGGCUCGGAACGUGUCUACGCGCUCCUGUCCCCCGCGCACCAGCCCCCAUUCCGACCUGGAGGAAGAGGAUGAGGGGAGCAAUGACCGUGGGGAGCAAAAAACAGGGGGGAUGAAGAUGGUGAAAAAGAAGGCACGGAGACGACACACUGAUGACCCCAGUAAGGAGUGCUUCAGCCUUAAGUUUGAUCUCAACGUGGACAUAAACACAGAGAUUGUACCUGCAAUGAAAAAGAAAACCCUGAGAGAGGUUCUUGGUCCAGUAUUUGAGAGGAACGGCAUUGAGCUUUCCCGGGUCGACUUGUUCCUAGAUCAGUCCAACACACCGCUGUCUCUCAACUUCGAGGCCUACCGUUUUGGAGGACACUACCUCAAAGUCAAAGCACGGCUAGGUGAUGAGCUGAAGGUGGAGCAGGGUGUGAAGGACUUGCGGUCGCUCAGUCUUCCCAAUAUGAAGCCCUCUGCCGGUCAGAGCCCCUACAUCCUCAACCCAGGCAGUGAGAGGGUGGAGCAUGGAUCCCUGGGACGCCGAGAAAGCAUAGAUCUGUUGGGUCAGGCACGACGGAGGAAGAACAUGACAGAGUUCCUCGGGGAGACGAAUAUUCCUACCCCGGAUACUCUGGGACAGAUCGGUGGCUCUCUGCCUGGCAUCGGUGUUGGGCCCGACAGCUGGAAGAACCGCGCUGCCAGCCGCUUCAGUGGCUUCUUCAGCUCCAACGCUGGAGCAGGGUCCUUCGGCAAGGAGGUGGACCGUCUGGAACAACUCCAGAACAAGCUCCACUCCUACAUGUUGUUCGGCCUGCCAAAGGUGCCGCGGCAGCUAUCCUUCCACCAUGACUCCUGGGAGGAGGAGGAGGGAGAGACAGACCUGGCCCUGGAGGACAGUUGGCAAAUGCUACUGGACAACUCAGAGACGUUGACAAGGCGUCAGUUCCACCAGCAGGAGGCGAUAUGGGAGCUGCUGCAAACAGAGGCUACCUACAUAAAGAAACUAAGAGUCAUCACUGAUCUGUUCCUGUGUGGGCUGCUGAACCUGCAGGAGAGCGGUCUGCUGACAGAAGUGGAGCCUGCCAAGCUGUUCAGCAACAUCCAAGAGAUUGUCUGCCUACACACAUCCCUGUGGAACAAGGUCAUGGUGCCUGUCCUGGAUAAGGCCAGGAAGGCCCGGGCCCUGAUUGACCCCACUGACCUUCACCAGGGCUUCAGGACGUUUGGCACCAGGUUCCAGCCCUACAUCCGCUACUGCAUGGAGGAGGAGGGCUGCAUGGAGUACAUGCGCACGCUUCACAGGGAUAACGAGCUCUUCAGAACAUACGUCACAUGGGGAGAGACCCAUAAGCAGUGUAACCGUCUGAAGCUGGCUGACAUGUUGGCAAAACCUCAUCAGAGACUGACCAAAUAUCCACUUCUACUGAAAAGUGUUCUCAAGAAAACGGAUGAGCCGUCAGCCCGCGACAUUGUCAACAGCAUGGUGGCCACAGUAGAGGGCUUCAUCAACAGCGUGGACUCCCAGAUGAGACAGCGUCAGGAACAACAGAAGCUGGCCACCAUUUCUGCCCGUAUAGACUCCUACGAGGCUGUAGAGGGCAGCAGUGAAGAGGUGGAGAAGAUCCUCAAGGAGUACAACUGCUUCGACCUCAUGGCUCCCAUGAGAGGAAUAUCACCGGAGGAGACACGACAGCUGCAUCUCGAGGGAGCACUGAAGAUGAAAGAGGGCAAAGACAGUCGGAUGGAUGUCUAUUGUGUCCUGUUCACUGACCUGCUGAUAAUUACCAAGCCAGUGAAAAGAGUGGAGAAAGUCAAAAUCAUCCGCCAGCCUCUCCUCAUUGACAAUGUCGUCUGUAAGGAGCUCAAAGAUCCUGGCUCAUUCAUCCUCAUCUACCUCAAUGAGUUUAAGAGUGCAGUGGCAGCUUACACUUUCCAAGCCAACAGCGCCGCCCAGGGGCGAAGCUGGGUCGAUGCAAUCUGCAAUGUCCAGAACCAGCUCCAGAGGCUCCGCUCUGAGGAGGACAGAAGAAGGCAGAAGAAGAGUCUGAAGAGAUGUACGGAAGGUGAGGAAGAUGAGGAGGAUGCAGAUGAGAGCAGCAACUCCACUACAAGUUCCCCAUGCUUGAGGCACAAAGACCAGCAGAACUCAAGUCAAUCAGAUGGUUCCACUGAGACCCUGUCGGUGAUGGACAUUGCCCCCAACAUGAACCUCGAGGGAGACACUAAUAAAGGCUCAGACUCCGAUGUGGCUCCCUUGUCUGAAAGGUCUGAUGUCCAGCAGUCUCAGUCCACAAGCCCCCACGGAGUUCACUCCAAUGUUUACUUUGAGCACGAUCAGGAGAUGGGGACUGAUGGUGAGCAGCUGGACCCCACAUGUCGCUCUCUCUCCAUGGAUAGCGCCUACGGUACCCUUUCCCCCGAGUCCCUCAUGAGAGAACUUCAGCCACAGCCCGGCCAAAGUGAAGAAGAGGAGACUGAGGAGGAAGAGGGAGACAGGGAGGGUGGGGAGGCAGAGAAGGAAGAGGAAGCAAUAGAGGAGGUAGAAAAAGAGCAGGAGGAAGAAGAGGAAGAUGAUGCUACCUCCUCAGUGGGUUCCCAGCUUUCAGUAGUCCAGUCUUCUAAACCUCGCCGGCGGCCUCAUGUACAGUCACGACUCCACUGCCUCAAGAGGCUGUCCACUCUGGCCUUGUCCCGCUCUGAGGAUAAUCUGCUGCAGCGCAUCUGUGGAAAAAACACCAUAUUCCACACACAGUCACUAAGCUCUAAGGCACCGGACAUGAACGCAUCACCUCUGGCACACAGUAAAAGCCUGUCAGAGCUGAGCCAAAACUGCAUGGAGCUAUUGUCCAGCGACCUCGACCAGUCAGAUGACUGCUUGAGCAUGAGCAUGCCCACUGAAAAACUCUGUGCCACCUUGAGGCGGGUGCAGGCCAGGCAAGGCUCCACGGCGCCCGCCGGACCGUUUGAGAAUAACGAGUCCCAAAGUAACAGCUCAGACGGGGAAAUGGCUCCACCUGCCUGCGUUGAUCAGAAGAAUUCGGGGGAAAUGUCUCCUAAAAAGAGGAAAUCACCAACCCAGCAGCACAAGAAGUUGACACUGGCUCAGCUGUAUAGGAUACGCACCACUCUUGUCCUCAACUCCACACUCACUGCAUCGGAGGUAUAACCACUGUUCCAAAUCGUUGACCAGUGGCAUGUGGGCAUAAUAAGGAAUAACACUUGUUUUGCAUCGAUGGGCUGAAUUUCUUGAGACACAAAUGCACUCUCUCUUGCUGCCUUCUCCCUUCCUGAUGCUUUUUGGACACUGAUCGUACAAUUUUGGCAUUUGAACAAUAACAAUCCUUUUUUGCGUUGGUUUUCCCGAAUUUCUUGAGUGGAAGGGAGAGGCAGAGAGACAUUAAAUGCUUGCACUUUGCAACGGAAGUAGCAUUAUGGGGGCUGGGACCUUUUAUUAGGGUGGACUGGGGGUGUGUGCGAGGUGUGGAAGUGCUGCCCUCUGCAGAGAGAGGAGACAUCCAGGCGGAGGUCUUACCUCAUCCCUGCACUCUGCACUGGAGAGGAGGUGGAGCUGUAUCUUGUAUCUUCUCCCUCUCUGUUACCAGAGUGAAAAAGACGGAUACAAAGUCUUCAAAAUGCUCUCUACACACGGCAAAAAAAAAACAAAAAAACCAACCCAGCACCUAGGAUGUCAUCCUAAUAUUUGUACUACUCCUGGUUUGCUACUACAAAAGAAAAAAAAAGAAAAUUGCACAGUUAUCUAUGUUUGGUAGAAGAAUCAUUAAGGAGUGAAUUUACAUUUACAGUCACACAGUGAAUUUGAAUUUAUUAUUUGCUGUCUGCUUGUGUACAGAUGUGUGUGUGGACGUGUGAAUGAAUGUCUGUCUGUGUUCGAAUGAUACAUGGUCCUCGAUUCCUGACUGAACCAAAACUGAGUCACAUCUCCUGUGAAUGUGCUAACACGCCCAAAGAUAGAAGACGUGAGUAGCCGGUGGAUUACCAACAAAAAGUGCACCCAAAGGUCCAAUACUAGCCAAUCAUGUUUUCAGCUCAUAAAACAGCUGCGUCACCACACAGACGGACUUCCUUCUUUACUGUUAAUCUUUGGCAUGUGGAACUCAUGAGAAUGAGUUGAUUGUGGAAUUUCCUGCACUAUAUAUAAUGGGGCUUGAGUGUGCACUCCCUCUGGAGGCCUAAAUGUAUCAAAACCACAAGCAAGAACAUGGUCAUAGGAAAAUCAAGAAGUCUACACUUGAGUAAUCCCUGUGUUGGAGCACCUUUUUCUCUGAGACAUUUCAUUUCCUGUGUUUCUUUAUUAUGGUAACACUAAUAAUUGAUUGAACAAAAGAUUUGGGUUGAAUAUUCUGUAAUGAGUGAAUUUGCAGAGCUAGCUUUAGUUGAACGCAGCUCCCCCCCACCCCCCCGGAAACUGAAAAAUUUAACCACCAGAGAGACUUAACAUUCACACUUGAUGUUCAGUGAUUUAUAACCGUACUCCAAACAUUGCCCAAACCAAAUUGGUUAACUCUUGUUUACUUUACUUUUUUGUUUAUGUGUAAUAUUUAUUAUGCCUGCUAUGUUUUAUAUAUAAGAUAUUGUUUAUAUUGUUUGCUUCCAUGAUGUGUACAUUCUUUUGUUAUGUAGUCUUAAUAAUGUUUUUCUUGCCAGGCAUGAAUGUGUUAUGAACCAAAAUCACAUGUUUUCCUCUUUCAGGAAUGACUUUAAAGUGUCUUACAAAAUAAAUGCUAAAAUACAAUCCCUCUUUUAAUGGUUUAAUCCGUUGUAAUGGAGCAAUUUGAGGGGAAAGGUUAAAUCCGAAUGGCGUCACAUUAAAACAAUAUAAACUGGU